CAUUGGUAGCGCAACGGUAGGAUCUUCUCCUAGUGGUGAUGUUGUGGAAGACAACUACACUGACAUUUUCCGGCCAAUAGUUCAUGAUUCUGCACUCGCUGCGUCAUCCAUGAUGAGUCCAGGAACUGCAACAGGAGCUGGAGCAUCGAUAGCAGGAUCAUCACCUCCUCUUCCACAUCAGCAGUACCACCCAUAUGAUCAGGCAAUGUAUGAUCAGACAAUGUACGAUCAAACAAUAUACGACCGGGCAAUAUUCGAUCAAGCGCAGCAUAUGAGCAUGUCUAGUUCUGGAGCGACUGUACCCGAUUACGGUCAGUACCGAUAUGCUCAAGCUUCACCGACCCCUGUGUUGAGUAACCACCAAGUAAAUGGAAGCGGCGCGUAUGAUUCAGGUGUACAUGAUGCAAUUAUUGGAGGUCACGUACAUGGAUCGGGUGCUCAAGGCGGUCAUCCAAUUGCGCAUCCGUACACCUCACAAGACUACAGUGGACACGAUGAUCAUUUUUUACGCGAACUACGUGAAUAAUAUCCCAAGAUUAGA